GUGUGUUCCCUCUCUUCCCUUUUGAUCUAGAAUAGAAUAGGAAAGCAGUAAAGACCGCAGUAGGUAAUCGGUCACCCUUUGGCAAGGCUGUGCAGGUUUUCCGCUGUAGUCCACACCAGCCCUGUGGCGAGACGGGUUCUCACGCUGUCACCCACACAGUUUCCAGGCUUUUCUGGACUAAGGGGAAGCAGAUGUUCUGAACUUGGGCGGCGGGGCCACCCUGUGGUUGUCAGGCGGCUCAGUGCGUGGAAAACCCGGGUUCUCCGCGGGCUCCAGUUGGCCUCCUCCAGAGCCGACUCGCUUCUCGCUCCCGCCACAUCUUCUCCGCCCCCUGCAGGCCGGGAGGUGGGACCGCCCGGGUCACAAGCUGGCGACCUAAGGAGCCCGGGCAGGCAGAGCGCUGACGCGGAAUCGGCCGCUCAGGCUCCCGGCGCACUCCCCCAUGGCGCGCGUGCUGAUCGUGGGCGCCGGGCUGACCGGAAGCUUGUGCGCAGCGCUCCUGAGGAAGGUUGUUUCCGGUCCUCUGUACCUCGCCGUGUGGGACAAGGCUGGGGACUCAGGUGGGUUGCCUGUCGGCCCAAACCUGGGAAAUGCGUGAGCUCUCAGCUCCAGCACCCCGAUGGCCGCUCCUGCGCAGUGGGCGCCAUGUCACGUGACCGGACACUUCCCCCCAGUUCCGGAGCCGGCCUGACCGGGAAGGGGCUGUCAUUCCCGGGGCCGGGUUCUGCUGAUGCUGCCCAGUUAGGCCUGCGGGGGUGGCCUGAGAGGCGCCCUCUAGGAGUUCGCAAAGCGGGAGCCUACCCGGUUUCUAAUAAAUGGACUUUUGCCUUUACCUGCCUGCCAUUGCAGCUUUCCACAGAUUCUGAGCUUCCCCAAGUGGCUGCCCAUGGACCAUGCCUUUCAAAAACCUAGUUUUCAAAAUGCUGUCAUUCUCUGGACUCUUGACAGUGUGAAAGAAACGACCCCGCUGAUUCUGCCAUUCUGGCUUUUCAUCAGUCAUUUUAUUUAUCCAUCCCAAACCUCCAUUCAUUCCUUGUAUUCAAGUUAACAUAUGCACUAGGAAGUGGGAGACGCUGCUACAGGGGGAAGAAUGAAUACUGCCAGCAGUCCUCAUAAUUCACAGUGCACAGCUGAUUUGGGUGCUCAAUAUAUCACCUGCACUCCUCAUUAUGCCAAAAAACACCAAACUUUUUAUGAUGAAUUAUUAGCCCAUGGCAUUUUGAAGCCUCUGACCUCUGCUAUUGAAGGAAUGGUGAUAAAAGAAGGAGACUGUAACUUUGUGGCACCUCAAGGAAUUUCUUCAAUUAUUAAGCAUUACUUGAAAGAAUCAGGUGCAGAAGUCUACUUUAGACAGUGUGUGACCCAGAUCAACCUGAGAAAUGACAAGUGGGAAGUCUUCAGGGAAAUAGGCUCCCCUGAGCAGUUUGAUCUUGUUGUCCUCACCAUGCCAAUUCCUCAGAUUCUGCAGCUUCAAGGUGACAUUGUGAACUUAAUUAGUAAAUGCCAAAGGCAGCAACUGGAGUCUGUGAGCUACUCCUCUCGCUAUGCUCUGGGCCUCUUUUAUGAAGCUGGCACGAAGAUUGACGUCCCUUGGGCUGGGCAGUACAUCACCAGUAAUCCCUGCAUACGCUUCGUCUCCAUUGAUAAUAAGAAGCGCAAUAUAGAGUCAUCAGAAAUCGGGCCUUCCUUGGUGAUUCACACCACUGUCCCUUUUGGAGUUACAUACUUGGAGCAUAGCAUCGAGGAUGUGCAGGAGUUAAUCUUCCAGCAGUUGGAAAAUAUUUUGCCAGGUUUGCCUCAGCCAGUUGCUACCAAAUGCCUGAAAUGGAGACAUUCACAGCUGUUUUACACCUCCAGGAUCCUGCCAUCUGCCUACUCUAAAGAAACACAGCAAAGCCUUCCAAAAACAAUGGUUGAGAGGGAAAAAAAAAAAUGUGAUCAAACCCAAGAAAUCGACUUCUCUGCACCCUUUUGGUUACUGCUACUCUUCCUGGAGAGAAGACAGUGUGGUGUGGCCCAGAGGUUCAAGCCGUGGAAUAAAAUAACCUGGCAAUUCUGUUUGGACGGCAAGAUAGAGGGGAGCUGGCCUCUUCUGGAAGUCCAGACAGGUUGCCAGAUUUGGCAAAUGAAAACAUGGGAUGCCUCAUUGAACUUGAAUUUCAGAUAAGUAAUGCAAAAUGUUUCAGUGUAAGUAUGUCCCGUGCAGUAAGUUUCAGUGUAAGUAUGUCCCAUGAAAACAUUUUUUUUUUAUCUGAAAUUCAAAUUUAACUGGUCAUCCUUUAUUUUACCAGGCAAACCUAAUCCCAGAGAAAGUCAGGACAGUGAAGAGAUUUCCACCAACAAAAGCUUCUUUGAAAGCCCUAGCUGAAUGGCUUUGGACGACAUUUCAACUCAGGCUCUACAUUUUCCCUGGAGUGUGAGCUCGAUGUCAUAGAAUAACAAUUGGGAGAAUGAACAUUCAGUGAACAUUCUGCCCCUUCCCUGCCCUCCGCAGCCUGUGACAAAAUGCUCUCUCUUAACCAGCUGAGGAGUAAAAAAGUUUUCUCUUUAAAGAUAUUUUUCCCCUCCGCUUUCACUGUUUCUUGGAUUUGCUGGAUAACUGCUUUUGCUAAUUGUUUGCAGACCACAGCCCAAUUUGGCCUGCCAACUAUGGAGGCGUGGUGGUGGGCUUAAUGAUAAACAGUAAGGAGAUUAAAUCAAGUAGUCCUGGUUUGGGAUUCCAACUCUGCUACGUCCUGCCUGAGAAACAUCAGAUAAGUUGCUUAACUUCUCUGGCCCUCAAUUUCUGCAUCAGUAAAAUGAGGGGCUCAUGGAAUUGCAUGGAGUUACUUAAGAUUGAAGCAGGCAGUACUUG